CAAUUUCACUUACAUGAGUGAAAGUAAACAUUUCGACCACUCCAGGCUAUAUUAACUCCUAAAAUAGCCUGGUAAAAAUAAAAAAGUGCAACCAUGCUGAAGAGAUGGCUUGUGGCCAUGGUGGCCCGUACAAAACUUCUGAUUAUGGUUGCAUUUUGCUUUACACUAUUCCUGUAUAACCCAGACUGCAGAACUCGUAGAAAUCAACACCAACAAAUUUUGCUCAAAGAAACCAUGGAUGAUAUGAAAUAUCAAGCUUUGCUGCAAGAACGUGAGGAGCAACAUCAUCACUAUACUGCAAGCCUAAGAAAGCAGAUUUUCCAUUUGAAAUAUGCUCUCAGAGAGAAACGACUUCUACAGAAGGAGGAAACACACAAUAGUCAUUCAGAACUUGAGGUGUUCCUUCACAAGCAACUACAUCGUAUGAAAAGUCAGGUUGGUGUGACUAUACCAAAUGAGUUUGCUGCGGUGCCAUAUGAGAGCUUUACACUUCACAAUGUCUAUCAGCUUGACACCGGGCUCACAAAGCAGCUUGUGCGAAAAACUCUUCGAAGGGAUAUGGCUGGGGCAUUAGAAGCAGCUCUGCAUAUCCUUAAUGGUCCUAAAGAUAAGGAUGACCCUUGGUUUCGUAAGACAUACUCACCGCAUGACUUCUUUGAAGGAAUUUUUCAUUCUGAAAGAGAUAAAGGAUCUCUAUAUGAUCUCACAUUCAGAGACAAUACUUCUCUGGACUUCAGGAGGCUGGAGCUCUUUCGGCCAUUUGCACCUCUGCAAAAUGUGAAGGAAGAAGUAAUCGACACAUCCAGGAUGCUAAUAAAUAUAAUUGUGCCAUUGGCCACGAGGGUUGACACAUUUCAACAAUUCAUGAACAAUUUUAGGGAAAUUUGUGUUAAGGAUGAAAGGAUCCAUCUUACUGUAGUGAAUUUUGGAACAGAGAAGAUAAAUGAAGUAAGAAGAAUUAUAGAAACUGCUGCAAGGAGAGUGAGAUCAAGGAACUUCACUUUAAUCCACCUAAAUGAGAAAUUUACCAGAGGACGAGCUUUGAACAUGGGAGCUCGAGCUUGGAAGAAAAGCAAUGUCCUACUAUUUUUCUGUGAUGUCGAUGUCCACUUUACUUUUGAUUUCCUAAACUCAUGCCGCAUUAACUCCCAACCUGGUAAAAGAGUCUUCUAUCCCAUACCUUUUAACCAGUACAACCCAGAUGUAAUUUAUGGUGACCAUACACCCACUCUUGAAAAACAGCAGGUAAUAAAUAAAAGCACUGGAUUCUGGAGAGAGUUAGGCUUUGGAAUAACAUGCCAGUAUUUGUCAGAUUUCAUCAACAUAGGAGGUUUUGACGUAACUAACAAAUAUUUGGGAGAAGAAGAUUUGCACCUGUACAGAAAAUACCUGCACAGCAAUCUCAUGGUAGUGCGUGCACCUUCACGAGAACUCUUCCAUAUGUGGCAUAAGACACCUUGUGCAGAAAACCUACCAACAGAAUCAUUUAAUGAGUGCAUACAGACUAGAGCCAUGAAUGAGGCCUCUCAGAGUCAGAUGGGAAAACUGUUCUUUCACCAACAAAUAGAUAAUCAUCUACAUAAAUACAAUCAAACAGAAACUCAAUGAUAGCGCAGAAGACAUUACACCUACAUGAGGGAAAUAUUUUGUGCCAUAAACACUUUAAUAAUGAAAGUCUUGUUUGUUAUUUAUUUGUAUGCGUUGAUAAGCUUUAUAAGUUUUCGACCCAACGAGGACCCAGAACAGAGCAAUCUGGAGACAAAAGA